AAAUUUGUUUCAUCAAUGCUUGAGCCCUGAAGUCGUCAGAGCUUUCAUAAAGCGGUGUGUAAAAGAUGGUUUUUAUAACCGAAGAAUUAGUUAGGAAAAGAUCUGAACACAACGAAGGUAUUAUUGGUACUCUCGAGGAACUGUCGUUGCACCAAGAAGACAUAGAAAAAAUCGAGCACAUAAACAACUGGUGCAAAAAAAUCCAAAUCCUCUACUUGCAAGCCAACCAGAUUUCCAAAAUCGAGAACCUGAACAAGCUCAAGGCGCUUCAGUAUCUGAACUUGGCCAUCAACAACGUGGAAAAAAUCGAAAAUCUUGAAAGAUGCGAAUCUUUGGAGAAAUUGGACCUCACAUUGAACUUCAUCGGGGAUUUGGAGAGCGUAAAAAACCUAAAGGCAAACCUGCAUUUGAAGGAUUUAUAUCUAACUGGAAACCCAUGCUGUGACUACAAAGGCUACCGAAACUACGUAAUAGCGCAAUUACCACAAUUGCAAUGCUUGGAUGUCGCUCAAAUCACUCAAAGUGAGCGCAUUAUGGCGCAGCAAAACAUCGCCGAUGUGGAAAAGGACAUUAAAAAAUGUCAAGAAAACUACAGAAUCUUCAGAGAACAGCAGAAGGAAAGAUUGCGCAACAACAACAGCGACAGAUUGACCGACGCGGAAUUUUGGCAAACAGUCGCCGAAAACAGUCCAGAAACCCGUCUGGAUAUCGCGAAAAGGCAGAAAAAAGGCAACAAAACAUGCGAAGUAGAUACCAAUAAACACAGCAAAAGAACGAUAAGGCUUUUCAACAAGGAAGGAAAGCCUCUCAACGUAAACCAGGCAAAGUUACAAUUCACUUUUACCGACGAAGACCCGAAUAUCUUCCACUUGGAUGUGGCAGUUUAUAAGUAUCUGGAUACCAAUCUGAUCGACGUGGAUCUGCAGCCGAUCUACGUUAAAAUUACUAUAAAAGGAAAAGUAUUUCAAAUGGUAUUUCCUGAAGAAGUGCAUGUGGAGAAGAGUACGGCCUUACGCUCCCAAACUACUGGGCACCUCGUUUUAAAGCUGCCAAAAUUCAAUUACAAAGCACCAAUUACGGCUAAACAACCAAAUCAAGCGUCAGCAAAGAAGCCCGAAGAGACGAAUGUCAAAAAAACUGAAUUUCUGGACGUGCACCAAAGCGAAGACAUGGAUUUUAGCAAAAUUGUGGAAAACUACAGAAAGCCAAAAACGAAACUUGAUGAUAAUCCCGAGGUACCGAUGUUGGAGUACGCAUAAUCGCUUUGCGUUCUUAAGAAGUUAUUAACAACUCACCAAUAUGCUCUAAUAAAUUGGCCAACUGUUGAGCUUGUCCUCCAGCGUGUUGGGCCGGCUCUGCUUGACUUGAAGAUUGGCCUAAACCGCUUGAUGGCACUGGAGUUAGAGUUCUAAUGUACGGUUCCAACUGAGUGGCUACCUAAUUUAAAACACACUAAUUUACACCGAAAAAUUUUUGUAAAUUAAAUAAAGGAAGAAAUCGAUAUUUUUUGUUUAUACAUUUAGAUUAUCUGUAGGUAAUUAGAGUAACUUCAAACCUG